AUGACUGCUACCGGCGCAGUGCUGGUUCAACAUCGAUCAAUUAAUCUUAAACCAACAUCACAGCAAUUAAUCAAACGCCAUCGUCGUCAAGUAAAUCCAAUACCACCUCGUCGUUGUUAUUCAAUUAUUCAUAUGGAUAAUUUAACGAUGUCCAAAGCAUUAAUACACGAACUUGAUCUUAAAAUGCAACAAGUCAAAGAAUAUGGCCUUAUUGCGCAUGGGUAUCAUAAUGAAAAUUUUCAAUAUCCUGUGCAUGUUCGUCGUAGUCAUGAUGGUGAAAAAGUUCCACGUUCAUUACCGCCUAUACUUGAUAAACAUCAUAGAAUAAAUCGAUUUACUAAUACGGCUAUAUUAACAUCAUCUUUACACGAAAAUCAGACGUCCCAAUCGAAAAGAAAAAAUUCCUUGAAGAAAAAACAAACAUUUGAAGAUCAACAACAAGAACAACUGCAACGAACAUUUGCAGCUCCGCCAAAUAAAACCGUUAAUGAUAUCGAUCCAUCGCUUGAUCGUGAUCAUCUAUAUACAACCGGUAAAUCUUUAACAAGAUUUUAUAAUCAUAGAAAGUCUUCCUCAUCAUCAGCAAAUUCAUCGCCGAUUCUUUGCUCGUUACGACCGCAUUCAAUAGCUUGUCUAUCAAGAACAGAAAGUAUAACAACAGAAUCAUGUGAAACUAUAAAAACAGAUGAACAACAAGUAAAUCCUUUAUCAAAUUCAUCUCAAUCAUUAGUUAAUCAAUCAACAUCUCGAACACCAAUAAGAACAAUAACACAAAAAUUCUUUUCCAGACUCUUUCAUAAUCCAUCAAAAACCUGA